AUGUGGAAAUCAGAAUUAAUUGAAUACCUUCUCUUUAUGCUAUUGGGAGUAUUACAUUGUAAUGGGAUGAAUUAGAAUUUGGCUUAUUAUUGCAGCUAUGUUGAUGAAGUCAUCUCUUAAAUACCAGAGUCAUGUUAAGUAGUUAAUAUUACAUCUAGUAAUUUCAUUUGCAAAAAUAAUAACUUUUUUAUAAAUGUUGAAGAAUUCUAUUUAACAUAAUCAAAUAUUACUGAUUGUGAGAUCACAAAAAUAAAUUCUAAAUAUAUUGAAAUUCUAAAUAUCAGUUUAAUAAAUAACAAUAUAAGUCAAUAUUUGUUUUAAUCUUAGAACAACAUCUUAAUCUAAGGGAAUAUUUAGAAACAAUUGAAUCAUAUUGAAGUGAUAAUAGAAUCAAAAAAUGAAAUUAAAAUUAUUAAUGCUUUGAUAAUUAUUGAUUAAAUAGAUAUAAUAUCACAUUAUGGGUAUGUUGAAAUUGUAAAUAGUAAUUUAAUAAGUUUAAAUCCUUAAUGUAACAUGCAUCAUGACUUGUAAUUCACUUCAAAUUUUAAGAUAGUUUCAUAAGAAAAUGUUACAAUUGAUUCAAGGUCUCAUAUCACUGCUUCAACCGUAAUACUAUACUCUAAUCAUACAAUAAUAGAUGGAAUAAUUGAGUCUCCUUUUGAUUGUUAUACAAAUUAAGGUAUUGGAAAAGGUCCAAUAUUUAUGAUAGAAGGAUUGAUAUGUUUAAGUGGUGGUGGAUCAUCGGCUGGCUUGGGAGGAGGUGGAAGUCUAAAUAAAUAAUGUAAGGCUUUAGAAAGAACAUCAAAAUAAUUCAUAAAAUCUCAUCCUUAUAACAAUCCUAAUUAUUUGAGAAGUGGAAGUGGAGGUGCAGGAACAAUAUCAAUUGGUAGCGGUGGCGGUACCAUUCUACUUUAGUCACUUAAUUCAAUAUCCAUAAAUGGAGAAUUAUUAUGUAAUGGAGUGGAUGGAUAAUUUAUUGAUCUGUAGAAUUAAUAUGGUGGUGGAGGUGGAGGAGCAAUUCAAAUACUUGCUAAACAUAUUGAAGGGAAUGGAGUCAUUGAAGCUAAAGGAGGGAAUUCAGAUCAAUCCAAUUAAGUAGGUGAAGGAGGAGGAGGAAUUGUUAUAUUACAAGGAGAUCUAUCAAAAAUAGCCAAAUUGAAUAUAGAUGUUAAAUCAGGAAUAAGAAAAGAUCAAUAAGGAUACAAUGGUACAAUCUAAUUUCUACCUUGUGAAGAUGGUUUUUAUCUAAAUAAACUAUAAUGUGUUGAAUGUCCAAGCAAUUCUGUGUCAUUUGGAAAAAGAGGACAUUGUUUUAAAUGUCCUGGAGUCUUAUUAGGACCAUCUUAUGUAGAUUGGCCUUCUUGCAAUGAUAAUGUGUGUAAUUAGUUUUAUUGUGAUCCAAUCACAUCUAUAUCGAAUAUAAUGUCCAGUCUUUUUAAUUUAAUCCUUUAUCUAUUGCUAUUUAUGUUUAUAUCAAUAGGAUAUGUUAUUAGAAGAAUGUAUAGGACGAAAGAAAUCAAAUAUGAGAGAUUACCUUUUGAUUUUGAAUCAGCAACAAGAUAUAUGACUAUUGAUCAUUUAUUAACUGAUGAAUUGAUGAAAAAUCCUAAUUUUUCAUUGAUUGAUCUUAUGUAUCAUGUUCAUAGGAUUACAUCAGUUGGUAAUAAUUCUAUUGAAAAUGCAUGGAAAUUACCAACUUAUCCUGAAUCUGGCAUAGAAUAUCUGAUGGAUCUUGAGGAAUAUAAAAGAUUUGCAAAUAAAAUUAAUAAAUUAGCAGAAUGGAAAAAGUCAGAAAAGAUUUUAUUAGCUAUUGUGUGCAUUAUGUAUUAUCCUUUAUAUUGGAUGAUUUUAACAUAUAUAAAAAAAAAGAAAUAUUUAAAAAUAGUAGAAUACUUUAAUUAAUCAAAUAUAAUGAAAACAAUAGAUGAUCAAUUUAUUAAAAUCAAAAUAUCUAAAUCUGCUGAUUAUACAUUACUCUAUUUUGAUAUUUUCAAUUAUAAGAUAAGUGACUUAAAGUAUUUCUUUUUAGCUUGUCCAUAUUAUAUUCUAGUCUCUGGCGAAGGUAAUUUUUUAAAGCCUUUUUACUUAUGUGAAAGUAAUCCUUUUUUAUCAUGUCUCUAUUUUUCUAUUAAUAGAAAUAAAGUGAUUCAUGAAGAUAGAAACAAAAUACUAGAUAAUUUAGUGACUCAUAAGACAAGAAUGGUAAAUAGUCAAAAGUUAAAUAAUUUCAUUAUAAAAUUUAAUAGAUAUGCAAGAGCUAUUGAUGUUGAUAGUAACAAAUUUGCAUAUAAUGUACGAUAAUUAAUUAUUUAUUGUAAUCAAUAGAAUGUUAAAUUCUUUUCAAAUUUCUUAAUUACAAUUAAUGUUAUUAUUAUUAUUGAUGAUGAAUUUACAAUUUUAGAAAAUUAUGAAUCUCUAGAGUUUAUUAAAUUUAUAGAAAAAGUAAAACUGAAAAAUUUGAGAUUAGGAUUAUUUAUUUAUGAUUCAGAAGCAAAUCCUGAAGAAAUAGAAGAUGUUUUAGAUAAUCAAAGAAUAUCUUUAGAAUAAUCUAAUUAAUUUUAAGUUUAUGAAGAAGAUAAAGAGAGUAUUGAAAAUGUUCAAAACCUUGAGGAUCUUAAACAUUAGUAUAUUGAAAGGAUUAAAGAUUCAGUUUAAUCAUUUUAAAUAAUAGAAUAAGAAUAAAAAAAAAUAAAUAAGGAUAGGAAAUCUAAAAUGAAAUUUUUAGGUAGAAUUCGAUAUUUAUUUUUGUCUCAUUAAGUACCAACAGUUGGUCAGAAUACUAAAAUAUAUUCUCAAUUAUUGAUAUCUAUUUUAGAUGCUGUAAAUUUGUAGUUUAUUAUAGAUAUUUUUACCUUUGUUAAUUUAAUAAGGUCUUUAGGAACCAAAUUUUCUUUUUGAAUAAGUUAUGCUAUUAUUUUUUCCUUAUCCAUUAAGUAUUGUAAUAAGUCCAAUUUUGGGUUGUAUUUGGAUGA